UUCUCUCUCCUCUUUCUCUCUCUCUCUCUCUCCCCCCCAACAAUGACACUCCUCACUGAAUCUGCUGCUUCCUCUGAGACCUCUUCAUCUUCCUCCUCUCAAUCCAAAUCUCAAUCACACCACACCAAAAGACCCCGACCUCCUCCUCCUUCCUCCUCCUCCUCUCUUCUUUUUCAUCUUCAUCGUCGUCUUCGUCUUCCUCUUCCACCAGCAAGCUGCCACACUACCAUGGCGUUCGAAUGCGAAGCUGGGGCAAAUGGGUGUCUGAGAUUCGCGAGCCUCGCAAGAAGUCGCGCAUCUGGCUUGGCACCUUCGCCACCCCGGAAAUGGCAGCUCGAGCCCACGACGUCGCCGCUCUGUCCAUCAAAGGCAAAUCUGCCAUUCUCAACUUCCCUCAGAUUGCCGCCGUCCUCCCCCGACCUGCCUCGUGCUCCCCACAUGACAUCCAAGCUGCAGCUUCUGCCGCCGCCGCCAUGGUCAAGUUCGACGCCGUGAAGCCCUCGGAAACGUCAGGGUCGGAGUCGGAGUCGUCGGAGCUGAGUGAGAUAGUGAAGUUACCGGAUAUAGAAGAAGAGAGCUUUCAGUCGGCCGAGUCAAUGACCGAAUUCAUGUGGAUAGACUCGGCAGAUAGUUGGGUAUUUCCGGGUAUGGGCAUAGGUUCGGAUGAUUCGGAACUGAGCUCCAUUUUCUCCCAGCAAUUCUCACAGGAGAUGCCACUCUGGGAUUGAUACUUCAUUAGACCGAAUCAAAAUUGCAACGAAAAACUCCACCAAAAAAAAUAAAAAUUGCUCGUAUACAUAUCAUAUAAUUACACAAUAACUUAGUAAUAAAAAAUAUUAAUUUAUUGUAUGAUUAUGUAUAUGUGAGUAUUUUUUUUUUUUUUUCGAGGGGCUGAGAAAUUGAUGGCUAUGUGUUGCUGUCCCAAACAUGUUGGAGGUGGUGGCUGACAGUGCUGUCAUUUUCUUCCAUUGCUGUAUUAUAAAUUACAGAUAGUAGUAGUAUGUAUAUGGUCAGUAGUAUUAGUUGAUACGGCAAGAGACUCAUUUAGCAGAGCAAAUUUGCAAUCUGUUCAACUAAGAUUUGCUUUCUUUGCCAGUUAGAAUUAACUGUGCCUUUCCAAUAAUUUUUUUCACCCAAUAAGCAAAAAAUAUAUUUAUGUA